AUGGCCACCCUUGCCAGGGGGAAGAAGAUCUGCCCUACCAGAGGGGCCAAGGUCUGCCCUGCCAGCUCGGACACGGUCUCCCCUGCCAGCGGGGCGAUGGUCACCCCUACCAGCGGGAAGAAGGUCCGCCGUACCAGGGGGGCCAAGGUCUUCCCUGCCAGUGGGGCAGCCGAGGACUCCCCUGCCAGCGGGGUCCAGAUCUCCCCUACCAGCGUGGCAGCCGAGGACACCCAUAUAAGCGAGGGGUACAGUCUCUUGAAACGCAGAAAGCCCUGCGUUCUAGACAAAAAUCUGUUUGAGAUCCACAGAGCUGCCAGAGAUGACAACCGGUGGAGAAUGGAGCUAAUCCUCCUUCUAGGGAUAAGUGACGUGGAUAAAAGAGAUAAGAUGAGCAGGCUGCUCCUUCAGGAACCUGCGUCCUCUGACUCCCGUAGGACUGCCCUCCACGUGGCCUCUGCCUUUGGCCGCACAAGGAUGGUGAGACUCCUGAUACAGAGAGGAUGCGAUAUUAACCUCGGUGACUUGGAGAAUAAGUCAGCUCUGAUCCAGGCUCUAUACCACCGGAAUGUGGCCUGUGCAAAUGCGUUGCUCGACUCUGGUGCGAAUCCAAAUAUAGUAGACAUCGACGGCAACACUGCUCUCCACCAUGCUGUCCGGGGUCACAAUCUGGCCAUAGUGAACAGGCUGCUGUCGCGCAACGUAGAUAUUGAAGCGAGAAACAAGAGUGGCCUCACACCACUUGCACUCGCUAAUCUUGAAAACAAUUGGAAAAUGGUGGAAUUGCUAACAUCCAGAGGUGCAAACCAGGACGAGAUAAAAAGUAAGGAAGAACCAACUCCUGAAGAAAAGGUACCCCCAGAACCUGAAAGUUGCACUCCUGUAGUUACAGAUCAACAGGAAACUCGAAAACAAGCAUGGACUGAAACGAAAUCAAUCACAGUGGUUGAUAUACCUGAUGAAGACACUUUAAGCAGCCAGGAAAAAAUAACCUCUGAAUAUAAAGAAGAAAAGGGACCCCAAAAAUCUGAAAGUCGCAUUCCUGUGGUUGAUAUGUCUGAUGAAGACACUUUAAGCAGCCAGGAAAAAAUAACCUCUGAAUAUAAAGAAGAAAAGGGACCCCAAAAAUCUGAAAGUCGCAUUCCUGUAGUUGUAGAUCUACAGAAAAAUCGAAAAGAAGCAUGGACCAAAACAAACUCAGUGACAGUGAUUGAUGUCUCUAAAGAAGACUCUUUAAGCAGAAAGCAACAACUAACUUCUGAAUAUAAACAAGAAAAGGGACCCCAAAAAUCUGAAAGCUGCACUCCUGUUAUAGAUCUACAGAAAAUUCAAAAAGGACCAUGGACCAAAACAAACUCAAUGAUAG